AUCACCCACCACCCGACACCACGCGCACACACAACCACCACCAUCCUAUCUAUUCAAAGCCUCACUUGCUUCCCUCCCUGCACCCUUUCCUCUUUCUACCACUCCCUUUUUCUGACUCCGUGAUUCACGCGGUCACGAACUUCACGGGCUGUCAGUCACAGAACAGGGGAGCGGCGCCAGUAGUCUAGCCAACCUUCGCUAAUCAUACUGCCGCCCACGGACGCUAUAGCGACACCCGCGGGUAUGGCGGCUACUGCGGCGCGCUGUCCACGUGGCAGCCUCCUCGCGCACCUUACCUCUCCGUCUCCCGCCGGCCAGCACAUAAAACACAGCGCUUCGCCGCACCUUGCGCGUCCUCACCCAGGGGUUCCUUCCGCGCACCUUAGGCAACGGCACGGAUUAUCUGUGCGAUGCAGCGGAGCUGCUUCUAACGGGGCUGUUCCCAGCGGGACCCCCUCCCGUGCUCGGACUUCCCCUAUUUCUGCCGCGUCGCCUGCAGUCGCGCCCGUGGAGGAGGCUGCUGACGUGGCGGAACGGGAGGCAUUGGCGCUUGCCGUAGACGAACCACAACGGUCAGAUACCGAAUUGAUGGCGGAAAGCGAUGUUGAGAGUGAGGGGGAGCUGAGCGCGGGGGAAUGGAGCGACGGGGAGGCGGAGGCGGCGGAAGAAGCAGGCGCGCGGGGGUUCCGGCGGAAGAGCGGGCGGAAGAAGAGCGGGACGGUUUCGGGAUCGUCGUUGUCUUCGGGGGAGGAAGAGGAGGGCGAUGCGGCGAUGGAGAUCAGUCCUGAGGCGCUUGCGAAGGAGGUCGCGAAACGUCGUAACUUCGCCAUCAUUUCGCAUCCUGACGCGGGAAAGACGACGCUGACGGAGAAGCUGCUGCUGUACGGGGGGGCGAUCCACGAGGCGGGCACGGUGAAGGCGAGGCGCGCCGCCAGACAUGCCACGUCGGACUGGAUGGAGCUGGAGAAGCAGAGAGGCAUCUCCAUCACAUCGACGGCCAUGGUGUUUGAAGCCAAGGACAAGCAGAUCACACUGCUUGACACGCCCGGCCAUCAGGACUUUGGCGAGGAUACUUACAGGACGCUAGCAGCGGCGGACAACGCGGUGAUGCUGGUGGAUGCGGGCAAGGGCCUGGAGCCACAGACGCGCAAGCUCUUCGAGGUGUGUCGCAUGCGGCACCUGCCGGUGUUCACGUUUAUCAACAAGAUGGACCGCCCGGCGCUGGAGCCGCUGGAGCUGAUGGACCAGAUUGAGAAGGAGUUCGCGCUGCCCUGCCACCCCAUCAACUGGCCCAUUGGCUCCGGCGACAGGUUCAAGGGCGUGUACGACCGGGUGAGUGGGCGCGUGCACGUGUUUGACCGCGGCAGCUUCCACGGCAGCAGGGAGGUGCAGGCCACCGUCAUGACGCUCGACGACCCGCGCCUCAAGGACAUGGUGGAGGACGAGCUCCUGGCACAGCUCAUGGAGGAGGUGGAGCUGUUGGAGGAGCUGGCCCCGCCGCUGGACAUAGAGAAGGUGCAUGCGGGCGACCUCACGCUCGUUUACUUCGGCAGCGCCAUGAACAACUUCGGCGUGGAGCUGUUCCUAGACAGCUUUCUGCAGCACGCAGUGGCCCCUGGUGCCCACGACACAGACAUCGGCGAGCUGCCAGCAGAAGACCUCAACUUCUCGGGGUUUGUCUUCAAGCUCCAGGCCAAUAUGGACCCCAAGCAUCGGGACAAGGUGGCGUUCGUGCGAGUCUGCUCAGGCCAGUUCAGCAAGGGCAUGAAGGUGCAGCUGGCGCGCACCGGCAAGACGGUGGCACUGUCGCGGCCGCAGAAGCUGUUUGCUCAGGAGAGGGCUGUCGUUGAGACGGGCUUCGCAGGCGAUGUGAUUGGGCUCAACAACCCCGGCGUGUUUGCCAUUGGGGACACCAUCUUCACGGGGCCGCGGCGGGUGUUCCCGCCCAUUCCGUGCUUCUCGCCUGAGCUCUUCGCGCUGCUGCGCAACCCCAACCCCUCCAAGUACAAGCAGUUCCAGAAGGGCCUCUCGGAACUGCUGGGCGAGGGCGCCGUGCAGGUGCUGUACUCCAACGAUGCAUCGCGCACCGACCCUAUUCUGGCAGCUGUGGGGCAACUGCAGUUUGAGGUGGUGCAGCACCGUCUGAAGGCGGAGUACGGCGUGGACGCCGCACUGGAACCGCUGGGGUUCACUGCCGCCCGAUGGGUGUCUGGCGGCUGGGAGGCCGUGGAGAAGGCUGGCCGCCUCUUCAACUGCGCUGUCGUUCGGGACCAGUGGGAGCGGCCAGUGCUGCUGUUCCGCAACGAGUGGAACAUCGGCCAGCUGCAGGGCGACCACCCAGAGAUAGGGGAGCUCACACCCUAUGCACUUCCUCCACAGCAAGACUUGACCACAGGAGGGCGCCGCUGACUAUGCGGUGCCAUGUGAUGCCACGCCAGAGAGCAUGCUGUGUUUUGUUAUGGCACUCAAGUGAUAGUAUAGUACCAGUGACUACAGCCACAGUAUACAUGGUAGCUAUGUUGGACCUUCAGUUCAGUGCCUGCUCCUUAUCUAUGGGGUGUCUGUCUCUCCCGUGUGACUCAUAGGCAUGCCUAACUCUACUUUGUGCCACUGGACUGGAUUAGUACCGUAGUUCCUGCAGGGUCAAUAAAAGAUGCUAGGUUAGGGGGUGCCUGUUUUGGUACGGGCUUUUAUAUAUGGCAGGAGGCAAUGCAGAAGGGAGCAUGCUGCAAGUUCGUAGCGUAAUCUGGAGCGGUUCCUUCCUCCUCUCUUGCAGCACAUGUCUAGUCCAGUCACACUCUGCCUAAAUGACGUACGCGUCGUUGGUUCCAUCACCUGCCGUCACUGUUCCCUAGUGGUUUUGACAUGAAGUGGAUUCACUUGCUGUUUCCCUAACCUCGUGCCAAAGCCUGUGGGCGUCUCCUCUCUGUCUGGAUUCUGGAACUACUGUACUCGAAUCUCGGCUCGGAGCGCAGUUUCCCGUUUUGACCAGGGCGCAAUUUGGCGGUGGCCAAGCGACGGAUCAGAAGUCUCAAAACAUCGGAACACAGAAUAUUUGCUUCCUUCUCUCGCUCUCUCGCUCUCUCGCUCGUCCCUAGGCUUGAGCACCCAGCCAGCCAUGGAGGUGCGGCUGGCACCCACGCUCAACGACCCGUUGAAGGAGCAUAAGCUGGCUCUGCUGCACGCCCUGCGCCUGCCGCUGGAGGUGGCGUUGGGAGAGGCGGGGGGCGGACAGGCGGAAGGGGGGGCGGGGAGGGGCGGGAGAGGGGACGACGGGGAAGAAUCGGGGGAGGGGGGCGUGGCGGAUGGGGCGCUGGAGCGCCUGUUGAUGUGCGCGCGCGUGCUGGAAUUGAACCAAGAGGAGUUCUAUUUCCUCGCAUCCGACCCCCGCGCCCCUCUCUCCCCCCGCAACGAGCUCCAAUCGCUGCGCCGCAUUCGCCUCGCCCUCCUCCCCCUCCUCCACCCCCCCGCCGUCCCCGCCCCCCUUCCCCCCUUCGCGCCACUCCCAUGUGCGCCAGAAAUGGGGAAGGAGGGGAAGGAGGGCCGGGCAGUGGCGGACGAAAUGAUGGGGGAGGUGAUGAG